AGCAAUCAGCGCAUGAAGCCGUAAUGGACGGAAAGAAGUGAUUACUGGCUGACGGAUUGUGAAAGUGGAAGUUUCAGUUUGUGUGUUUAUUGUAAUAUUUUUUUAGGUCUAAAGUCCUAUUAAUAUGAUGUAAAUAUUUUUUGAACGAUGAUUGAUGCUUUAUUUCUAUUUUCAAGUAUAUUAUUGAGGACAUUGACAUAGUAUUAUUUAAAAUAAGAAAUGUCUUACCCUGGUCAACCGCCAAUGGGAAUACCAGGCAUGCCACCAAUGCCUUACAUGGUUGGUGCGCCUCCUCCAAUUAUUGGUGGUGUAAUGCCUAUGGCACAUAUGAUUCCAACACCCGUAUCUGCGAUGCAGACCUCAGCUCCAGCUGUUCGGUAUGCACGUAACCAAAAUCGUCAUGACAAUAAUCGUCGUCGUGAAAGAGAAUCUGGACCACCAGUUACUGUUUUUAUUGGAAACAUUAUGGAAAGAGCACCUGAUGUGAUGAUUCGACAUAUUCUCGGUGCAUGUGGUCAUGUGCUUUCAUGGAAAAGAGUCCAAGCAUUUGGAUUUUGUGAAUAUGCAGGUCCUGAUGCAGGUCUUAGAGCAGUUAGAUUACUCCAUGACAUGGAAAUAGGUACAAAAAAACUUGUUGUCAAAGUUGAUGCAAAAGCUAAAGUUGUUUUGGAUCAAUUCAAAGCGGAAAGAAGAAAAAAAUUGAGAGGAGGCCAGUCACCUCUACAGGAUGAAACAUUAAUUGAAGGGACAGAAGGAGAAGAAGGUGAUGAUUACAUGGAUGAGGGUAUGAGAGUAGUGGAUGCAGAUGCACUAACGCGUAUUAAUCAAAUCAUAGCUGAACAUGCUACUGAUUUAGAAAUGGCUCAAGCUACACCUGGUAAGGAACAUCAAACAAAAAUGGUUGCAAAAUCUUUGAACUUGGAUGAUGCGGAAAUAGAAGAAAGUAAAAGAGACUUGAUUACCCGAGAAAUUGGAAAAUUCAGGGAGGUUAUGAAGGUAAUUAUUUUCAUAAUUAUUUUAGAAAUCUUGUUAUGUCAUUCCUACUUUUUUGCUCUUCAUUUUGGUCAUAUUGUUGGAUAUGAUAUACCAAGAUAUUAGAAGGUAUUAUGAAUUGUGGUCUAAUAGGAUUGGGUAAAAACUUUGCAAAAAUAAGAUAUUAACAAAUUGUUAUAAAAUUAUUAGUAUUGAGUAUAUAAAUUUUUUACGAAGCAUUAUAAACAUUAUUCUAUAUAACAUAUAAUCUUAAAAAAAAAAUUGUUUUAUGAGCAAUAAUGUUUGUUACAUGUUUUUUUGUGUAUAUGAUAUAAAAAAUGUGUAUAUGAUAUAAAAAAUCAUAUUUUUUAAAGCAAAAUUUUAGUUGCAACAUAUGAUAUUAUCACAAUUCUUUUAUUUUUUUCUACGUUUGUUUAAUAUUUAAGUGUUGAUAGAGAUAUCGUUUGUCUCUAUUGUAUAAAAAGAUAUCUAUAUAUACAAAGAUUGAGAAUAUGUUUGUAAUACUUUGUAGUACUUAUUCUAUUAUCUUCAAAAAAUAUAAUAUGAAUUUUAUUUUGUUUUUUAAAUGAUAAAGUAAAAUGAAUCACUUAAUACAUAGAAAGAAAUAGAAAUAUAUUAAAGUACUAUUAUUUCAAAACUUUAUCAAAUUAAAAAAAAAUUUAUACAAUGUUUCUAAAUUAUAGUUGUAAAAAUAGUUAUAAUAAGUUUAACAAGUUUACAAUACUUUUUGAUUAUAUCAAUGACUAGUGAAUUCAUAAACUACAUUUAAUUCAUUUUAAACAUUUUCUAUUUUUAUUAAGUUACAAUUAAUACAAACAUUUCUAUACUGUACUAUAAUGAAUACUACAAUGAAAUGCAUUGUGAAUAUUAUGGAUUUAUGAACAUUUAUGCAUUUGAUUAUAUCUAUGAUUCACGUUAUUGAUUGAACAUGAGACAGUUAUUGAUUGAACUCGCAACAUAUUUACAUAGUAAAUUAAAUGCAGGCAAAAGAGGAUUACAAGUGUAUAGUUAUAAACUUUAGCUUUUAAGUAUAUUGUGAUAAAGUGCGUGUGUGCUAUGUUAGCUCUAAAUAAUUGGAGCCGUGACUCGUUGCUAUAAUUAUAAUAACAGGCAGCGUGCGUCGCACACAGCAAACGCACACGCCUAGGAAUGCUGUGUGUGGGGACCACUCUUUCACUCACUCAUUGGCUCUGAAGGGAGUCAAUCACAGCACAUCCCUCGUAUUUUCGCAGGCAGCUGCAGCCUCGUCGGUAAGUCAGAGUAUAUCCAACCAACAAAACAUGAAAAAACAAGAAAUGUGCAAUAUUAAGACGGGAGAAUCUCGUAACUCUACAACAUGCUGACACCAUGUAGCCAAUAAAUCUGUUUCUAUUGGAACUCCAUUUUCUUAACUCAUCGCAUAUAAUUCUGCGUUAUAAUAAUAGCAUUAUUGCUAUUGUAUUUUGAACACAAGUUAUUCCAUACAAUCAAAUUUCUUUACCUGCUUCUAUACUUUUUGUGCUAAAUUGCUAGCACUAAUAUUUUCAUAAAAAUGUAAUGUAUUUUUACAUAACAUUUUGUUCAAUUUCAAAGAAACGACAUUAAGAGAUUAAUUCUUAUAAAACUCAGAAAUUAAAAAUUUGUGUAAUAAGUACAGUUUGAAAUAGAUACAAAAUUAUUAUUAUACUAAUAUUGAGAUUGAAAAUGUUUUUAUAGUAGUACAGAUAAUUUUUUCAGUUGAGUCAAAAGAAGUGUCUCUAAUUAUAGUAUGAAUCAUAUUCUUUUGUUUUUAUUUUACAGUAUAUAGUUAAUAUCAAUUUUUGAUGACAGAUCACAUCUUUGUAAGUCAAUUAGCAAGAGGAUCAUCUUUAUGUAAGAUUGAUAUGAACAAGUUUAAACAAUAAUAUCAAAUUAAUAACAGAUUACUAUUUCUGAAAAUUUCAUUAUACGAUUCUUUUCUGAAUGAGAUACUAUAAAAUUGAUUAAAAUUAUUUUAUUUGUUUAAUUUUCAUAUAAAAAUUAAAUAAUUGUAUUGUAUUAUGUUGUUUUACUGAGAUUAUAAUUUAUUUUUAUAUUUGUAUUAUAAAGUCUAGCAGUCUAGUACAGAUAUAUAUAGAAGGUCAGUAAAGUGACAUUCCAAUUGUUUUUACAUAUUGUUUAGGAUUGGUAAAAGAUGUUAUAUUGAACAAAGAAAUUUGACGCUGACAUAUUUUAUAAUAUAUUCUUAGAUUAUUAAUAGGAUCGAGACUUUCUGA